AUGGCUAUUUGUAGACACAUUGGUUACCCCAAUCUAUUUGUAACGUUCACAUGUAAUCCAAAAUGGCCUGAAAUACAGCGGUACAUUACCAAGAAAAAUCUCAAUGCGGAAGACCGUCCAGAUAUUUUAUGUCGUAUAUUCAAGAUGAAAUUGGAUUGUCUAAUAAAGGAAGUCAAGAAUGGUGAGCUUUUUGGUCCUGUGAAAUCAGUUAUUUACACCAUUGAGUUCCAAAAACGUGGACUGCCGCACGCACAUAUUCUAAUAUUCCUCAAGAACAAAGCUGACAUGACGAGUCCGACGUACAUGGAUUCAGUUAUAAAGGCUGAGGUACCAGACAAGAUAGUGGACAUGGAAUACUACAAUGCAGUCGAGGAAUUCAUGGUUCACGGACCGUGUGGGAUCGCUAGAAGAAAUUCUCCAUGCAUGGUUAAUGGAAAGUGUUCAAAACACUUCCCCAAACGAUUUGUAGCAGAGUCUGGGUUUGACCAGGAUGGGUAUCCAAUUUACAUGUGUUGGGACGAUGGUAGAACAGUCAAGAAGAACGGUAUAGAACUAGAUAGUCGGUACGUUGUCCCGCAUAAUAGAUACCUACUUUUGAGGUACAAGGCCCAUAUCAACAUAGAAUGGUGCAACCAGUCGAGAUCAAUCAAGUACCUCUUCAAGUAUGUCAAUAAGGAUAAUGACCGGGUUACGGCAGAAUUCUACAAUAGUACCACCAAUGAAAACGGUGAGGGGGUGGUGGAUGAGAUUAAUAUGUACUACGAUUGUAGAUACGUUUCAGCAUGCGAGGCAGCUUGGCGACUAUUCAGUUUUGAAGUCCAAUAUCGGACACCGGCUGUUGAGAGAUUAAGCUUCCACCUUCCAAAUUGUCAGUCCAUUGUAUUCGCUGAUGAUGAAAAUAUUGAUAAUGUUUUAGGUCGGGAAACAGUGGGACAAAGUAUGUUCAAAGGAUGGCUCGAAGCCAAUAAGAAAUAUGAAGACGCAUGUUUGUUAACAUACAUUGAAAUGCCCAAUAAAUUUGUUUGGAAGAAAGAUAUUCGAGAGUGGCAUCCUAGGAAGAAGGGGUUCUCAGUUGGUCACAUCUUCUUUGUACCUCCGGGUAGUGGUGAAGUAUAUUAUCUUAGAUGUCUUCUAAAUAUUGUUCGUGGACCAACCAGUUUUAAAGACAUUAUGACAUUUAAUGGGGUAGAAUACCUGACAUUCAAGGAUGCAUGUUAUGCGCGUGGAUUAUUAGAUGACGACAAAGAGUAUAUUGAUGCUAUUGAGGAAGCAAGCCAUUGGUCAACUGGACAUGCGAUGAGGAAAUUGUUUGUUAUAUUGUUGCUAUCAAACUCAUUAUCCGGACCUGAACAUGUAUGGGAUGAGGUGUGGCAUCAUUUAGCAGAAGAUGCUCAAUUCAUGUAUAGGAAACGACUAAAUAAACCAGACUUUAUACUAAAAGAGUGUGAGAAAAAAAACUUCGGUUUGAUUGAACUAGAAAAAAUGUUGAUGGUACACAAUAAGUCUCUUAAAGACUUUCCUCCGAUGCCAACAUCUAACAUGGAUGAUUCAAGAUUGAAAGAAAUCUACAACACAAUCAUCCAGGAUCUGUCUAAUGGCAGUGGUGGGUUGUUCUUUGUUUAUGGUUACGGUGGUACUGGGAAAACUUAUCUAUGGAGGGCGUUGUCAUCAACAUUGCAAGCUAGCGGUGAUAUUGUUAUUAAUGUGGCAUCUAGUGGCAUAGCAUCGUUGUUACUUCUUGGUGGUCGAACUGCUCAUUCAAGAUUUUCCAUCCCUAUUGCAAUAAAUGAAGACUCCACAUGUAAUAUUAAACAAGGUAGCCAUCUAGCCGAAUUGAUUGUCCGGAGUAAAUUGAUUAUAUGGGACGAAGCUCCUAUGAUGCACAAACACUGUAUUGAAGCAUUGGAUAGGACGAUGAGAGAUUUGCUUCGAUUUCAAAAUCCGAACAGUGCUAACCAAACAUUUGGUGGAAAGACAGUGGUGUUUGGUGGCGAUUUUCGGCAAAUAUUACCAGUUGUACCAAAAGGAUCUAGACAGGAUAUUGUUUCUGCAACAAUCAACUCAUUGUAUCUAUGGAAUAGUUGUAAGGUUUUGAGGUUGACAAAAAACCUUCGAUUAAACCGGAGCAUGCCGGGGAUUGACUUGAAAAAACUAGAGGACUUUGCAGAUUGGAUUUCGAGUAUAGGUGAUGGAACUAUGGGUGGUCAGAAUGAUGGUCAUGCUGAGGGUUUAGAGUAUUUUGAGUUUAAAGUUCGUAUUUUGGAGAAGUUGUUUCGCACAGGGGUAGCUCAAACCAGUAGCAUACUGGUUCAGCAAGGUCAGCUACAGUACCUUAAGGUCAAGGUGAAUAUGUUUGUUACGAAAGGGCGAGGUAGCGUGUUGGUUAGGGCGUUGGCAAGGAGGUGUGAAGGUUCGGUAGUGGAGGAUAUUGAGAAAAUCUAUGUUUUGAAAUGGCUAUAUGGAUAUUCCAGCCUUCUUGAAGGUCGAGCUAUAUUAGCACCAACCCUUGACGUCGUUAACUCCAUCAACGAGUACAUGAGUGAUCUGCAUACUGGGGAUAGUAGGACGUACUACAGUUGUGAUAGUGUGUGUAAAUCAGACUCAAAUGGCAACUUACUUGAUGAUGUGCACACUCCUGAGUUUCUAAAUGGUAUAAGGGCAUCCGACAUUCCAAACCAUUCUUUGACUCUAAAGGUCGGGUCACCUGUUAUGUUGUUGAGGAAUAUAGACCAUUCACUUGGACUAUGUAAUGGAACUAGGCUGGUUGUUACGAAGUUAGCAGAUCACGUUAUUGAAGGCAAAAUUAUGUCUGGAAACAAUGGAGGAACCAAAGUGUUGGUCCCUCGAAUGACUAUAACACAAUCGGAUCCGAGAUUACCUUUCAAAUUCCAAAAAAGACAGUUUAAUGUUGUCAUAUGCAAUGACAAUUAA